AUGGCAUCGAUGGAGCGGCGCAGGAGCAUUGGGUCCCCCUUUGGCAAGGAGAGGCUGGAUAGCUCGCUCGCCGCAUCAGACAGUCGAUCCGCCUCCAAGGGCCCAGCAUCGUCAACCGUGUCCAUCGCAAGCAGCGACAGGUCCACAGACGACUUGCGCAAAUCGACUGACGGCGCACGAGACAGCAAGAUGCGAGGCAGUCGCAAGAACUCUGAAGAGGCUCGCAGUGACACGUCUUCGUCGCACCAGAAGCGCAUGUCGAAGCUGUUCAAGGGGCGGCGCAAGAGCAAAGCGUCGCGCAGUCACGACGACAUCUCCAUGAUGGAUGCGCACCAGGAUGUAGUGGUGCCCCCCGUGCCCCCCGUGCCUACCAUGAGUAGCCAUCCCAAUAGCAUCAACCCCCCCAGCACAGAGCCGCGGUACAACCAGAGCGACGACUCCCUGGGCCUGGCCAAGAGCGUUGCCAGCAGCCUGCUCACCGAGGACUCGGACACUGAGUCCCAACCACCCAAGCGGCCAGGCAUAUCACCGCACCAGUCCCACGCAGGCCUCCUGACUCUCUCCUCGCCCCUCAUCGCCUCCGAGACAAUCGAUUCCGUCGACGCGGCCAAGAAUGCCAGCCUGACCGACUCGGCGACAACUUCCGCCGACGAACCACCCACAGAGCAAAGCAAGACCAUCCACACCGCUGCAAACAAGCGUGCUGUCUCACCCGUGGGCAAACUCAAAGACGCUUUUGCUCCAGCACGCAGAGCCACUUCUCCCAAAAUAGCAGGCGAGCCGGACGGAGCAAAGGAGCCUGCAAGACCAAACACAAGCGGAGGCGGCAUCGGUUCGCUCUUUGGAGGGAAGAAGCGCCAGGACAGAGUGCUGGACGCGCCCCUCCAGGCCUCGCCACCCCAAUUGCAUUCGGAAGAAGAAGCACAGUCAACAAGCCCACAACUCAAAGGCGCCGCCCUAAAGCGCAUCGUCACCACCCAGCUGGCAGCUCCAUCGAAUCUAUCCAAUGCGCCUACCACUUUCAUAACCCCACCAACCCCCACCGAUGGGAUCAACGUCUCGCCUCCCGAAUCAUCAAACUCCAAAUCUGGAGCACAGCACACUUCUUCGCAGUCCUCGAACCCAAACGUGGUCGUCUCCCCCUCGGGGAAUAUGAUCUCACACCGCCGCGCACGAUCGCUCACAAAUCCGCCGAGUAAACUCUCACAAUCCAUAGCAGCGCCCUUGACUCCCCAUAUCGAGGAAGCAAAAACUCCUGGUGGGACCGCUGUACCCCCUCAAUCGCCUGCUGCAACUGGAGGCUUCUUCGCUUCCAUCUUUUCUGCGGCACAGAACGCUGCUAGCAACAUUAGUGAUUCGAUUACUAACAAUCCUGUAACCAAACAGAAAUCUGCUUCACAACCGCAAAAGGAGGGAGACGACAAAUCUGUGGACGGGGGUGAAGAGGUCAUUGGACCUGAAAACGCAGACGCCGCAGCAAUAGAAGACGGUGAGAAGCGCAGACCGGCGGUAGAAACACUUGGAUCAGGCAACCUGAGUCUGGCUCAUCUGGGCAUUGCCGAGACCAACGACGCCAGCCCAAUGUCUUCUGCCACCAAUGUCACAAUGAAGGCGGACGAGGCUUCUGCUAAAGUGGAAGACAUCGCAGCUGCGCAGGCAGUAUCAGCGGCUUAUGCUGGAGAAAAGGCUCCUUCGGUAGCGAGCGAGAGGCCGCGUUCGCUCACAGCAGUGUCGGCACAGUCGAAUGCAGGUGCUGCCUCUCCUCCCAGGCAGCCUGAGAUCACCGACUCGCCUGCAGCUUCAUCGUUGCAAAGACAAAGUAGUAUUCGCAGCCGGAUAAGCGGUGGCAAGAGAAGACGACAUAGAGGUAGCUCUGCAGCUACUGGAAACUCGACAGCUGGAGCGCCAGGCGCCAGUACGGCCACAUUAGCACCCAACACGGCUCUCAACACCAACCGUCUGAACGGAAUUGGAUUUGCAGUAGCAUCGCCGAAACGGAAUCGAGACUUUCAUGCUUUGUUCAAAAGUGUACCAGAAGACGAUUAUCUCAUCGAAGACUAUAGUGCAGCUCUUCAAAAGGAGAUUUUACUUCACGGCCGUCUCUAUGUUUCGGAAGGGCACUUGUGUUUCUCCAGUAACAUUCUGGGCUGGGUUACCAACCUCGUCAUUAGCUUUGACGAAGUCAUGUCGGUGGAAAAGAAGUCGACUGCUGUUGUUUUCCCAAAUGCAAUCGUCAUACAGACCCUCCAUGCUCGGAAUGUCUUUGCCUCAUUUCUCUCGCGAGAUUCUACGUAUGACUUAAUCAUCGGCAUCUGGAAGAUUUCACAUCCUAACCUCAAGUCCUCACUCAAUGGCGUCAUAGUAGACGGUGGCACUGGUGACAAGACAGAAAAGGCAGAAUCCGUUGCCAGCGACGAUGGCUCCAUCCAGGACUCGGAAGACGACGUCUAUGACGAGGACGCAGAAGACGACGAUGGCAUGGGUAGCUAUACGGAGGCUGGUGAAGGUAGUGUGGCUGGAAGCGAAAUCAGCGCUGCUCCAGCAGAGACACGCAAAGUCAGUGGCGCAAUAGCACAAGCUGUUGGCGGAGGCGGCGAGGUUGCUGAUGCCGCAAAGGCUACCACAAACGGGGUAGCAGCCUCGGAUGAUUUCCCUGGACCACCAUCACACGCACCGACCGAGUGCGGCGACAACGACCAGCACUAUGAUAAACUCCUCAUCGACACGACGAUCCCUGCCCCUCUUGGAAAAGUCUACAGUCUCAUGUUUGGACCCGCAUCAGGCGUCUUCAUGCGCAAAUGGUUGGUGGAAGAUCAAAGAUCUUUAGACUUGCAAAUGGAAGACGACAAGAAGGGUCUCGGCGAAGACAAGAAAACCUUCAGUUACUCUUACAUCAAGCCGCUCAACGCACCUGUCGGCCCUCGCCAAACGAAAUGUAACAUUGCCAUGACACUCGAGCAGUUCGAUCUUGAGAAGGCAGUCAGUGUACAGUGUUCUACAUCUACACCCGAUGUACCCAGCGGCAGCAUAUUUCUUACAAAGACACGAUACUGUCUAAUGUGGGGUCCCGGCAACAGCACUCGACUCAUCAUGACCUUUACAGUAGAGUGGAGUGGCAAGAGUUGGCUGCGAGGUCCCAUAGAAAAAGGCGCAAACGACGGUCAAAUGUCUUAUGCGACUUCCAUCACCGCCGCCCUCCGCAGCGCCGUCAGUGCCUCUAGGCCAUCGAACGGCCUCCGCGCCCCCGGCGGCAAAGGUGGCAAAGGUCGUAAACGCUCCAAAGCCACCGCCCUAGACGAACCAGCUACCAUGAGCACUCCCACCCCCUCGACGGCCGCCAAACAGAGCGACUGGGGUCUCUUCGACCCGCUCCGCAGUCUCCUUGGGCCCGUAGCCGACAUUCUAGAAUCUCUCUUCACGACGCAAAUCAUCAUCACCAUCCUCGGCCUCCUCGUCAUAUACGCCUGGUGCUUCCGCGGCACCAACACAGCCGUCGGACCAAACCAUUGGUCUGCGGCGCAGCGCCAGGUUGCGUACGAAGAAAUUUGGCGGCACGAAGAGGGCGAGCUGUGGGACUGGUUGGAGGACCGGGUGGCGCUGGAAAGAGCGCGACGCGAGGCUUUGGUCGGCUCGAGGCGGUGUGAAACCCCCGUGCCGCAGGACCAGGACCAGGCGAGGCAGAAGGUUGUGGUGCGCACGAUGAAGGAGAGGGAUGUGGAUGAGGCGAUUCGGGUUACGGAGGAGAGGCUGCGUGUACUUAAGCAGGCGGUGCAGCGAGAGAGGGGGAAAGCGAGGGGAUGA